GGUUGAGUCCAUAGACUGUAUAUACAGUUGAGUCAUAUAACGGUGCUUGGAGUAGUGUGAGCCCUUCCUCUUGCCGUACCUGUUCAUUUCACUCGUCUGGUCUGAGGCAUGUCUGAGGAGCUGCGACCGCUCGUCUACCUGAUUACCGGGGGCUGUGGGUUCCUGGGGAAACAUCUGCUGAGGCUUCUGCUGGAGAAGCGGGACCGGAUCACGGAGAUCCGGGUGUUUGACAAGCGGAUCGACGCGGGUUUGAGCGGAACCGGUACCGAGAAGACAAAGGUGUCUGUCAUCCAGGGAGAUAUCACAGACUACAGCUGUGUGCUGGAGGCCACCAGAGGGGUGGAUGUGGUCAUCCACACCGCCAGUUUGGUGGAUGUGUGGCAUAAAGUCCCGGAAAGCUACAUCUAUUCCGUCAACGUAACAGGAACGGAGAAUGUGAUCAAGGCGUGCGUGGAGAGCGGCACUCAGUACCUGAUCUACACCAGCAGCAUGGAGGUGAUCGGGCCAAAUGCAAACGGAGACCAUUUCAAAAGAGGCAAUGAGGACACACCCUACCUUGUGAAGCACACCAUGGCCUACCCAAAGAGUAAAGCAAAGGCUGAGAAAAUUGUUCUGGAAGCAAAUGGCAUGAAGGUUAAAGGUGGGAAGUGUUUGUACACAUGCUCUCUGAGGCCGACGGGGAUCUACGGCGAGGGCCACGAGCUGAUCCGGGACUUCUACAAUCAGGCCGUUCAAAGAGGAGGCCUGGUGAUCGGAGGAAUUCCCGAUCACAUCGAGCACGGGCGAGUCUACGCAGGAAACGUGGCCUGGAUGCACGUCCUCGCCGCCCAGGCGUUGAUGGAGCGCCCCCAUAAAGUGGGGGGCGAAGCCUUCUUCUGCUACGACGAGUCUCCGUACAAAAGCUACGAGGACUUCAACAUGAUGCUGCUCUCCGCCUUCAACUUCAGGAAGACCCGCAUGCCCGCCGUCGUGCUUUGGUUCUUGGCCAUGCUGAACGACUUCCUCCGCUGGAUUCUGAGUCCGAUACACAACUACACCCCUCUGCUGAACAGCUACACCCUGGCUGUAGCCAGCACCACCUUCACAGUCCAAACGGACAAGGCGGAGAGGUUUUUCCAGUACAAGCCCCUCUACGACUGGGAUCAGUGUUUAGCUCGGACGCAGGAAUGGAUCGGGACGUUCCCUUCGAAGAGCUUCAAAGACUCCUAACAUCCUCUGAGGCGGACCGGACAAAACUUCAAUGGUGGAAAGUGUCAAAGUGUCCUAUGGGAUAUUUGAAAGUCUUAUUUCAAUGCUUCUUUUAACACAGUAUUAGCAAACAUUAUAUGUUUGUAUUUAAACUUGUACAUAAGUAUGAGAAAACAUAAUUUCACAUCAGCAUUCUUAAGCUAUGUACAUAAUCAAUGACAAUAGUAAACAUUUCACUUGCAAUUAUUUGUAUUUAUGUUGAAUUUUGUGUAUUUAUGAAGUCACAACCGACAAACAUAAAAGACAAAAAAAUAAAAUUCAAUAUUAAUUGUUA